AUGGCGCAAAAAGAGAAAAUUUCUAUGCAAUUUGGGAAGGAGAGGGAGUCGCAGAACAAGAACUUUGCAUUCUCUCCUUUCUCAAUAGACUGUACUCUUGGUUUACUUGCUUCUGGAGCAAGAGGUGAAACCUUAAAACAGAUAUUAGGCUUCCCCAACUCCAAAAGCCUCAGCCAUCUUAAUUCUGUUAAUUUUAAACUCAUUGAAUCGUUACGCGAACAGCGAACUGAACCAAAACUUUCUUUUGCUGGUGGUGUGUGGAUUGAAAAGACCUGUCCUAUUAAACCUUCAUUCGAACAAGUUGCCACUGCAGUAUAUAAUGCAAAAUCCGAAGCUGUGGAUUUCAAAAAUGAGAGUAAAGAGGUGCAAAACAAGGUGAACGCAUGGGCUGAAAAAGAAACUAAUGGACUCAUUAAGAAUCUUAUUCCUGACGGAGCAGUGAAUCAGUAUACGCAUUUCAUAUUGGCGAAUGCUAUCUAUUUUAAAGGAUGUUGGGAACAAAAUCAAUUUAAACCGUCUCUAACCAAGAAAUCGAAGUUCCAUCUCCUGGAUGGGGAAACAACAGUACAAGUUCCCUUCAUAUCGUCCGAAGAAAAACAAUAUAUCAAGUGUUAUGACAGCUUUAGAGUACUUAAACUCCCAUACCAAUGUUCAGGAUUAACGCACAAAAAUCUCCGUGGUCUAGGUCCACGUUUUUCUAUGUACAUAAUUUUACCUGUGCAAAGAGAUGGGCUUGGUGAACUUAUAGCAAAGAAAUUGGGUGUAGAUCUUCCAUUUGAUGAACACAAAGCAGAGCUGACGGAGAUGAUGGAUAUUGAUGAUACAAAUAAAUAUAAUGAGCAUCUUUUUGUUUCGAAUGUUUUUCAUAAGUGUUUUGUUAAAGUUGAUGAAAAGGGAACUGAAGCUGCUGCUGCUACUGCUGUUUUGGGGAUGUACGGCUGUGGUCAUUCACCUCCUACUCCUCCUCCUCGGGUUGAUUUUGUGGAAGAUCAUCCUUUCAUGUUCAUCAUACGAGAGGAGCAAAGUGGUGUGGUGUUGUUCAUGGGGCAUGUCCUUAAUCCCUUGUUAAAUUAG